AUGAAAGGCGGAAAAUUUCUGUAAAAAUUGGGCCUCUACGGAGGUGGAUCGUAAAAGAUAUUGUGUAAUUUUAUUAUAGUUGCUUACUCAGUCUAUGACUAUAUUUCUAACCUGAAAGGAAUACCUUAUCCCUCAGAUGAGUACGUUAAUAUGAGAGAAACUAUAAAUACAAGAGUAGCGAAGAGAUUACUUUAUUUAAGUACAUCGAGUGGGGGAAUUUAUUUUAAAGCUGGGCAAUAUAUUGGCACCUUAGAGAGAAUAGCCCCAAAAGAAUAUAUUGAGGUGUUGAAAGUAUUACAAGACAAGGGUCCUGCACUUCCAUAUGAAAAGAUUAAAAUAGUGUAUGAGGCUGACAUGAAAUGUAAAAUAGAAGAUGUAUUCAGUGAAUUCGACAAGACUCCUGUAGCUGCAGCAAGUUUAGCUUAGGUUCAUAAAGCAAAGCUAAAGGAAACAGGAGAAGUAGUAGCUGUGAAGCUACAGUUUCCUAGGUUGAGAACCUAAACUAAAUAUGAUCUUUUUUCUAUGGUUAAGGAACUUGAUUUCAAAUAGGAGGUUGUUAAUGCUGAAAGAACAAGAUAAAAUUUCAAGAAAUACUCAGAUUUGUACAUGCCUAAGAAUAAUAUACCACUCAGUAGCAGAAGAGCAAUAGUAAUGGAAUAUGUCGAAGGUGUCAAGAUUAAUGAUAUUGAGGGUUUGAAAGAAUAAUUUGGAGAACCCUAAAAAGCCUCAUCAAUUUUAAUUGAUGUUUUCGCUAAGAUGAUUUUUCUUUACGGCCAUGUUCAUUGCGAUGCUCACCCAGGUAAUAUUUUAGUAAGACAACACCCAAAUAAACCCAAGGGUAAUCCUUAGAUAGUUUUGCUAGAUCAUGGGUUCUAUUGUGAUAUUGAUGAUGAAUUUAGAUUAAAUUUUUGCAGGCUUUGGUAUGCAAUGGUUACAAUGGAUUAUGGAGAGGUGAAAGAUUUAUCUGGGAAACUUGGAAUAGGUUAAUACUUUCGAUAUUUACCUUUGCUAUUCACUUAUAGAACAAUUAAUGCUAAAAAGCCAUUAGGAGGAACAGUGUCCAAAGAAGAGAUAGAAUUCCUCAAGGGCAAGGACGAAGUGAAUUUUGAAAAAAUAAGCUUUUUAAUGUAGAAAUUACCAAGCGAAAUAGUGUUUAUUUUCAAAGCAAUGCAUAUAAUAGGCCUACAUAAUUUUAGAGCAGGAGGCUAAACAAGAAAAAGAUUAUUACUUUUUACAAAUGAUGCUAUAGCUGCUCUUGCAUAUAAGCAUUCUAUAUUUUACAGAUGGUGGCUUCAUGUUAAAUUCUGGUUUAAGCUCAUUAUUUUUGAGAAAGCAUUCUGGCUGUAUCAAAGAAUAUGGGGCUUUAUUGAAAUCAAAUUUGAUGAAAAAAAUAAAGCUAUCGAGUAAUGA